AGCCAGCAGGCAGAGAGAACAGCUAGUCCACAGACAGAUCCGAAGCAGAGGAGAAGAAACACUUGAUCCUGAAGUUCAGUGAAGAUCCAGUUUAGACAAGGGGCCCACUUCAGGUCAUUGGGUGAAUGUUCACUCCGACAGCGACAGAGAACAAUACAGAUGGGCCCGAGAGGACAUCUGUCUGAACUCCACCAGGAACCCAAGACCUUGAUGUCUCUUACUUUGAAAUCUCAGUACUGACCUGUCAAAGAGGAGUUUUAAGAGGAGAUACUGAGGUAUUAGAAGAGGAAAUCCAGAGAUGACCAGCUGCUCUGAUGAAGAACAAGGACCUCAGGUGUUUGGAGCUCUCCUGUAGCGACGGUGCUUUGAAGGAAGUAGUGGAGGUUAUUCUUUCCUCAGAACAUCUGGACCUUGGGCUACACGUGGAUACCCCGAGAGUACGGCCUGCUGUUACCGAGCAAGGACUGGUAUGUAGCUGAGCUGAGUCGAACAUGAAGCUGCAGACUCUGUGACCUUCUGAGAACCUGCCAACGGCCGCAUGCACUUCCAGUGCGAUCAGCAGAGAGACCCACUGCGCUGCUGGCUCCGACGCUUGGCAGUGCAUUGGCGUUAACCCGUGGUAACCGUGGAAACCGUGGAGACCGUGGAGAGCAGUCGAUCAGGUCCCGUCAGCGGCGACAUCGCGGGCUCCUCGGCCCCUGAUGAAGAAGCUCCGACGGGGGGGGGAGACACCAUGAUCUCCAGCGUCCUCCGCUGGCUCGUGCUGGUGUCCUUCAUCGGGCUGACGGUGGGCGGGAACCUGCUGGUGUGUCUGGCCGUGCUGCUGAGCCGACGGCUGCGCCGCCGCGCCAACUGCUUCGUGAUCUCCCUGGCCGUCACCGACCUGCUACUGGGGCUGCUGGUGAUGCCGCUGUCCGCCUCCCUGGAGCUGCGGGCGGGCGGAUGGCCGCUGGGCGGGGCUCUGUGCAACCUCUACAUCUCCGUGGACGUCAUGCUGUGCACGGCGUCCAUCCUCACGCUGCUGGCCGUCAGCGUGGACCGCUACCUGGCCAUCUCGCUGCCGCUGGGCUACCACCGCCGCGUGACGCCCUGCCGCGUGGCGCUGGCCCUCGCCGCCAUCUGGACCACGUCGCUGACCGUGUCCUUCUUGCCGAUCCACCUGGGCUGGAACACGGUCGACUACAGCGUGCAGCACGCCGACUGGGGCGUGGGCACCGCCCAGCAGGGGGUGCGCUACUGCCACUACGAGUGGAACAACAAAUACGUGCUGCUCAACGCCUUCGGCACCUUCUACCUGCCGCUGGUGCUCAUGUGUGGCAUGUACCUGCUCAUCUUCAGGGUGGCCCGCGAGCAGGUGCGCCGUAUCCGAGCGGCCACGCCCUCCUUCUCCAGCGCGGCCUCGGUGGCGGCGUCGCUGCGCGAGCACAAGGCCACGGUGACGCUGGCGUCGGUGCUGGGCGCCUUCGUCGUGUGCUGGUUCCCCUACUUCACCUUCUUCACCUGCAUGGGGCUGCGGGCGGACAUGACCCCGCCCACGGCGUUGCACUCCGUGGUGCUGUGGCUCGGCUACUUCAACUCCGUGCUCAACCCCAUCCUCUACCCCGCGCUCAACCGCGACUUCCGCCGUGCCUACAGCCAGCUGCUGCGCUGCCGGCCGGACGGGCGCCGCUGCCGAGGGGGGCCGGGGGGCUGCUGCCGGGGGGGCUGCUGCUGUGGGUGGGCGUGGUGGCGACGCCCGUCCAAGCCCCGGCCGCCCGCCGCCCACCACCGCCGGGUGUCGCUGGGGAACGGGCACGCCGCCGCCACCGCCGCCGACGACCGGACGGGCGUGGAGACGGGCGUCGCGGUCGUCAAGGAAACGGCGCCGGCGGGGAACGGAGGACUGGAGCCACAGGAGGCCCCCGCCCCCGAAGAUUAG